AUGACCAACCUAGUUCAAGUGGUGCAAAAGAAAGGUGGAAUCAUAGUGGCGCCAAAUGAGAAGAGUGAGCUAAUACCGACCAGAACAGUGGCAGGAUGGAAGGUUUGCAUCGAUUACCGUAAACUCAAUGCAGCUGCAAGAAAAGAUCACUUUUCCCUUCCAUUUAUUGAUCAGAUCCUGGAAAGAUUGGAGGGCCACUCACAUUACUACUUUUUCGAUGGAUAUUCAGGUUACAAUCAGAUACCAGUGGCACCAGAUGACCAAACGAGGAUUGUGCUAGGACAUCGAGUAUCAGCAAAGGGAAUCGAAGUGGACAAAGCAAAAAUUCAUGUUAUUGAGAAGCUACUGUCACCUACAUCAGUUAAGAUUGUUCGUAGUUUUCUAGGACAUGCAGGAUUUUACAGAAGAUUUAUCAAGGACUUCUCGAAAAUCACCAAGCCACUAUGCAACCUACUGAUCAAAGACGUGUCAUUUGAGUUUAAUGAGGAAUGUCUGACAACUUUCAACACUUUGAAGGAGAAACUCACAUCAGCACCCAUAAUUGUAGUACCAGAUUGGGAAUUGCCCUUUAAACUAAUGUAUGAUGUCAGUGAUCAUGUCAUGGGUGCAGUAUUGGGACAACGAAGAAAUAAAAUCUUUCAUGUGAUUUAUUAUGCAAGCAGAAUAUUGAAUGAUGCCCAGAUCAACUACGCAACUACUGAAAAGGAGCUCUUGGCUAUGGUAUAUGAAUUUGACAAAUUCAGGGCAUAUUUCGUGGGGUCUAAGGUCAUAAUCUACACAGAUCACUCUACACUAAAAUAUCUGACAACAAAGAAGGAUGCUAAGUUGAUAUUAAUCCGUUGGCGAGGGGCUUAUCAGAUUGUAAGGAAGUGUAUACCUGAAGUUGAAGUACUCGAGAUUCUUGAGCAUUGUCAUUCAUCUGCCUAUGCAGGACAUUUUGGAGCUUCAAAAACUGCUGCAAAGUUUUUACAGUCAGGGUUUUAUUGGCCUACUUUGUUUAGAGAUGCCUUUGAGUUUGUCAAGAUGUGUGAUAGAUGUCAAUGCACUAGGAAUAUCUCAAGAAGGAAUGAAAUGUCACUUAACAAUAUAUUGGAAGUUGAGAUAUUUGAUGCGAUAAUCAGUGAUGGGGUCUGCAAUCGCCAAUUCGAGAAGUUGUUGAGCAAAUAUGGCAUUAAACGCCGUAUAGCUACCCCAUAUCAUCCACAAACCAGCGGACAAGUUGAAGUUUCUAAUCGACAGUUGAAGAGAAUACUUGAAGUUACAGUCAAUUCAUCCCGAAAGGACUGGUCUAAAAAGCUGGACGAUGCAUUGUGGACAUAUAGAAUAGCAUUCAAGACCCUGAUAGGCAUGUCUCCAUAA